AUGCCGAAUAAUGCUACCGAUUUGAUGAAAUGUGUUGGCUUGGAUCGAAUCUUGAUAUUAACACCUUUGUCAAGAAUAAAUUAUAUCAUACAUGCGUCCGCCAUUUUAAUACUAUGUUUUUGUACGCUUGCGUGUAACAGUCUUUACAUAUACACUGUGUUUAGAGUCAAAAAGUUACGAGAAUCUUCCAAUGUUUUGUACAUUCUACUGUCCGUGUCUGACUUACUGUCUAGUUUGACUCGCUUACCCAUCUACGCCUACUUGCUUGCCGGUGUUAUAUCCAAUAAGCCACAAUGCUUUUUGCUGGACCUUCUAGCUACACAUGGUUUUAUUUUCUCCACAAUGUCAAUGUUUGCGAUCAGUUUUAUUUCUGUCGAAGUUUACCUAGCUGUGUUGAAACCCUUCCUUUAUAGACGGUUGGUGAAAGGAAAAGUUUUGAAGGUACUUCUCUUGUUAGCAUGGAUACCCUGUAUUGCCAUCCCAAUAUUGGUUAUGUAUGUCUACCCCAGCGUUUUUAGUUACUACAGAUCGUUUCAAGUGCUGUUCGUCGUAAUCAUGUACGCCUGCUUAAUCGUAUAUCAACGAUACAUAUACUGUUAUAUAAAAAAAAAUGAAAGAAGUUGUAACGGGUACAAGAGAAAAGUAGCAAGAAUCGCUGUGCAAGUCUUAGCGGUUUAUGGUUUAUGUUUUAUUCCGUGGUUAGUUGUAGCAGUAAUUUAUCGAUUUUAUCAUUCAGAUUUGAUUAUCGUUUUCGUAUACCCGUGGUGUAUAUAUUUUGUAUAUUUAAACUCGUUGUUUGACACGUUCAUUUAUGGAUUUCGUUCUAAACACGAUAGAAGGGAAGCUCUGGAAUUUUGGGGUUUUAAUCGAGUAAAUCCUGGUUAA